AUGGCGCCAGAAGCCUCUUCUCAAACGGACAACGCGCCGCCAACUUCGCCUACCCCUGCCAUCCCUCCGAAUGCACAACACCCUGCCCAGACAUUCAACCAGCAACAACAAGAACAGCAGCAACAGGCCGGUUUCCAGCAGGACCCUCGUAGCUAUGGUCCUCCCUACGUGCCCUACCCGCAGCAAGGAGCUGCGCCGCCUGUGCCUCAGGAUUGGACCCCUCCCCGAGUUCAAGAGCCCAAGGCCUGGACGUACACCAAGUUGGCGCUUCACGGUGUCGAUAUCGUUACUUGUAUUGUUGGUCUAGCUCUCACUGGUUCGUUGAGGAGCGUCCAGACUCUUGGUCUGGUCGCUGUUGGUGCUUGCCCUCUGUUUGUCAUGGCUAUGAUUUGGGAUAUCGCAGAACUUCUCACUCGCUUUGGUCGCAAGUGGAAGGCUGGUAUCCACCCUGGCGCUCACGUCGCUAUCCAUCUAUUUAUCUGGCUUGGUGCUGCCGUCAUCGGCGGUAUGGAGGCCACCUUCAGCGCCUACUACUCUUCCUUCGACUACCUCGACGAAACCUGUGAAUACAGCCGCGAAGAGAGACGUUACGUUUGCACAAGCAACGACGACGGCGUUGCCAGCAAGCACACGCUCUUUGUCUCCUUGACAGUAUUCACCUGCCUUCUCUGGCUCUGGCAGUUCGUUCUCUUUGUCGGCGCCUGUAUCGAUACGCAAAAGCGAAACGCUGCUAUGAAGAAGCCCAUUAUGGUUUGGGGUGGUCCUCCCUACUGGGGUCCUGGUGCUCAAGGCUUCCAGCAGAUGCCUCAACAGAUGCCGCCUCAAUUCUACGCUCCUCAAGGACAAAACAUUCCCAUGCAGAACUGGGCUCCUCAACCCGCAGGAAAUGGCAAGGAGGCUGUGACUGCUGUUCAACCUACGGCUGAGCGCUAUGCUUAA